GCACCCAGCCGCCGAUCGGCUGGUUUCGCUCAAAACACAGCGGCAGAACCUGAAGCGGCAGCUCCAGCAAGCGAACCGUGAGGUUCGCAAUGAGGAGAAAAAGCGACAGAGACUCAUGCGGCGCGCUGGCAAGUUGAGCUCUGCUGAUCUCACCUGGCUGCUG